AGCAAGUUGUUGAAUACGGACGCAUAACGUAGCGUAUGCGUUUUAAGGAAACGAAAAAUUUCGAUACAAUUCAUUCAUAAAAGUGAUUGUGUGUGUGUUUUUUUCGUUUUUUUUUCUUCUCCACAAUCCACUGGGGGUUUUCUUGAUUCAAUAAAUUUCUUCGUCGAUUACUCCUUGAGUGGUUCAAAGAUUGAUAGAAUUUUCAAAAACAUCCACAUUGAGUUGACCUUUGAAAAGUAGAAACGCAUUUCACAAGUGUAGCAAUUUUUUUUUAUUGCACUGUAAAAGUCGAAAGGAUGGGGAAAUUUUUUCAAACUGUUGAUUCAAUGGCAUGUCUGAAAUCUUUGCUCAUGGUAUUUAAUAUGGCAUUUUGGGCAUCAGGCUUGGCGAUUUUUUGUGCUGGCAUUUGGAUGCAAGUUGAAUUACAUAAAUAUUUGGAAUUAAAUGUGGAAUAUUCAAACGUGACUCCGUACAUUUUGGUCGGAACGGGUGCAUUCAUUCUACUUGUAUCGAGUUUGGCUUUUGCGUGCACAGUUACUGUGAAAGGGAAUCCAUCACUUUUAUACAUUUUCGGCGGAUUUUUGGCAUUCAUUUUAUUCAUUGAACUCUGUAUUGCUGCCUCCAUAUAUGCGUACAAAGAUCGUUUAGCCGAUGGUUUUGACAAAGGCUUGACAAAUAGUAUGCUUUCCAACAGCGUCGACGAUCCACAACGUACCAUCGAUUUUAAUUGGAUGCAACGCAAUCUCAAGUGCUGCGGAAAUCACGGCUAUGAUGACUGGAAUAGUUUAUUGCCAAGAGCGAUGCCCAUUCCGAAAUCAUGCUGUAAGAAACGAAACUGUGAUGCCCAAGAUGAAACUCAAAUUUACACUGAGGGAUGCUAUGACAAAGUGAGUGAAUUGAUUGAAAGCAAUAUGAGAUGCAUACUUGCCGCUGCUUUACUUGUAUCGCUAUUCCCAAUUGUUGGAAUCUUACUAACAUGCAGCAUGGCUGGAAAUAUCACCAAAACCAAAUACGAACAAAUGGCUUAAAAGCAUUUCCUAUUUUGCAUUCGCUGCAGUGCCCAUUUAUUUAUUUUGUUUGUCUUCAAACAUAAAAGAAAAUCUUGAUGUGCAUUUUUCUCACUAUAGUUUCUUCUAUAGAAAAACUAAUCUUAAUGUUACCUUUUUACAUAUUAUAUAUAAUAUUUUAUUUGCUUUUAUAAAUUUUAUUGGAACAAGAAAAUGUCUUUAUUAUAAAUGUAUGUAGAUCGUAACAAUCAAAUCUCAAGUGUCUACGGUUUAAUUAAAAUCUUGUUGAAGUUUUUUUAAGUUCUAUAGUAUGUUGCACCAAUCAUCCUAAUAUUUCGAGCACCAAAAACACACAUUCUUCAACUUGUGAAUGUGAUUUGAAAGAAAUUGCCAUUAUAUUGACGCCAAUAUUUUUUUAAGAUUGAAAAAAAAGUUCAAAUCGUUUGAAAAACAACAUAUUGCUUAUUAAGAGCACCGUCCUGCAAAAUGGAAAUCAAACUUGGUCCAAAAAUUAUUAUUAUAUCAAAGUCAUAUCGUAUUUUGAGAAAUAAAAAAGAAACAUUUAUCACAAACUCCAAAA